UGGGUUUGACCUACAUUCGGUAGUUGAACCUUUAUAAACGCGCUAAAGCAGGCGCUGGAAACUCGCGGGUCACUCGCGUCGUUCCGCGCGAUGCCGAUCUUCGCGCCUUCAGAUCGCUCGCUCACACGUCACUGUUUAUAAAUAUAUGUAUUUACUGACGAAUUCAAUUUCACGUUUGUAAACAUGGAGAACGCCGGGCGCUUUACAUUUGAGCUACAGUCGCAGCGUCCAAUCACAGGCCGAGGACCGCGUGCCUGUACGAGAGCGACCAAUCGCAAGCGGGAUUCCAGUAUCAUAUGGAAGCGGUCGUCCAAUAGGCUGUGAGGAGGGCGGGAUCGGGUCAGAUAAGGGUUGUUUGGCUCGCUCAAUGCGCUUCCUUCCACGUUGUGAUCGGCUAAUAAUUAUUAACUAGUUAUUAUCGGUAAUUAUGUUGAAACAGACGGGUCGUGUUUCUGUCUUUUUUUAAAUUGGUUGAAGUGUCCUAAUGGAUGCUGCCUGAGGCGAUCUGGAGACUGAAGUGUUCGGAUCGUGAUUCAGUCGUCAUGAGUCAGCGCACCAUCCAUCUCUUCCGUAAGGGCCUGCGGCUGCAUGAUAACCCCACCCUGCUGGGGGCGCUGGCGUGCUCCGCCGCGCUCUUCCCCGUCUAUGUCCUGGACCGCACGUUCCUGGAGGGGGCGAUGGGCUUGGGGCUGCGCUUCAUCCUGCAGAGUCUGGAGGAUCUAGACACCCGUCUGCGGGCGCUGGGCUCGCGGCUCUACGUCCUGCGCGGGUCGACGGCGAAUCGACGACACGGAGGUGGAGCCGUCCUCGUGACCCGGUGGGGCGUCACACAGAUCAGCUACGACACGGAGGUGGAGCCGUAUUAUGCGUGCAUGGAGCGGGAAAUACAAGCGCUGGCACAGGAGCGCGGACUCCAGACGUACACGCAUGUGUCGCACACGCUCUACGACGUCAAGAGGAUCGUGAAGGCCUGCGGCGGCUCUCCUCCGCUCACGUACAAGAAGUUCCUGCAGGUUUUGUCUGUUUUGGGUGAACCGGAGGAACCGGUGCGGGACGUCAGUGCUGAGGAUGUGUGUGUGACUGACACACAUAUGUAGGACUCUACGUACAGAGUCCCGUCUCCAGCUGAUCUGGGUCUGGAGCUUGACUCUGAGGUCUUGUGGCCCUGCGGAGAGACACACGCGCUCCAGAGACUCCACAAACACUUCCAGAGUCAGGGAUGGGUGGCGAACUUCUCCAAAGCGCGGACGGUUCCGAACUCUCUGCUGCCCAGCACCACGGGCCUCAGUCCGUACCUGAGUCUGGGCUGCCUGUCAGUCCGCACCUUCUACCACCGCCUCCGCAGCGUCUGCGCGCAGUCGAAGAACCACUCGCUGCCGCCCGUGUCUCUCCAGGGUCAGGUUCUGUGGCGCGAGUUCUUCUACACCGUCGCGUCGGCAACGCCGAACUUCACCAAGAUGCAGGGGAACCCUAUUUGUCUGCAGAUCGACUGGUACCACGAUCCAGAGGCUCUGGAGAAAUGGAGAACCGCUCAGACGGGCUUCCCGUGGAUCGACGCCAUCAUGACCCAGCUGCGUCAGGAGGCUGGGAUCCAUCCACCUCGGCGGCACGCCGUGUGCCUGCUUCCUACGCGAGAGAUCUUCUGGAUCAGCUGGGAGGAGGGCAUGAAGGUGUUCGAGGAGCUCCUGUUGGACGCGGACUAUAGCGUGAACGCCGGGAACUGGAUGUGGUUAUCCGCUAGCGCGUUCUUCCACAAAUACACCAGGACUCCUCUGAUCUUCUGCCCCGUGCGCUUCGGUCGUCGGACUGACCCUCAAGGACAGUAUGUGAGGAAAUACCUGCCCGUUCUGAAGAACUUCCCCUCGCAGUAUAUUUACGAGCCGUGGAAAGCACCAGAAGACGUCCAGCUCAGCGCCGGCUGCAUCAUUGGUAAGGACUAUCCUCGUCCCAUGGUGUGCCACACAGAGGCCAGUCAGAGGAACCUGGGUUUGAUGCGUCAGGUGCGCACCGAGCAGCAGAACACGGCCGAACUCACGCGAGAUGUGGCAGAUGACCCGAUGGAGGCGGGGCUUAAGCGUGAGCUACAGGAGGAGGAGGAGCUUCUGGAGGGGGCGGAGCAACACGGCACGUCCAAACGUUUCAGCGGUGACGCGGAUCAUAAGUCCCGCCCCUGGACGCCAGAGACUCUGCAGUUGAGCGGAGAGAUCAUGUGACUUUAGAACUGCCCAAUCAGACCACCGUAUUACUUCAUCCACAUCGACCCGCAAAUCAUGUUAUUCUGAACAGAAGACGGCAUUUGAACUCUGUUGGUGUGUUUUUCUGUUCAUGAGAGAUUUCUCUACAUUCAACAGAGUUUGUGAAGAAGAAAACGAGGUGAAUUUUAUGCAACAGUCUUCCUUUUUUCAGUCAUUAAAUACAUGUGUAUGUUAUGCAAAAGAUCAAAUAAAUCAACUGGAAGUGAGCUUUGACACAAUAAAUAUAUAAUAUUCAUAACACAUAAUUUCUUCAGUUUUUCAGUACAGUGAGAGAUUGCACCGGAAAGCUGACAUUUAAAUAUAAAUAAUUUUAACGUGUAAAAUUAGGUUUCUAAUUAAUUAGUGUAGUAAUAAAAAAUAAUUCGAUCUUUUAAUAAACUAGCGUGUGUUAUUGUUCAUUUCUGAGACUCUCGAGAUACUUUUCGGUUUAAAAAAAGUAAAACAAAUACUAACACUAACUUGAUCUAUUCUUUUUGUAUUCUAUCUGAUUU